GAAGAAGCCGAUAGUCAGAAAAAAGCUUUCCGGGCCAAACAGUGCAAAAACGACGCGGAAUUAGUGAAAACAUCUGCAUUAAACAUAUAAUAAGUGGCACACUUUUAUCUUGUGGCUGGUCUAGCUAGUUCUACGUAGAACAACACACAUGUAAAGUGUUCUGGGCGCAUUAGUUAAGUGUAGCAAAUAGAACAAAAGUUAUCGACGAGCUAUCUUCCUAAGCAAUAAAAUGGCUACUCAAGCAGUAAACAAAACCGGCUCCGGAUGGCCUCGAAGAAACAGCCACGGCACGGGAUUGACGGAAAUGAACAAACUACAGACUAACCAAUCGAUGACGCUAAACAGGACUAUUAAUCUCUACCCACUGACGAAUUACACGUUCGGGACGAAGGAGCCGUUGUUCGAGAAAGACCCAUCGGUGCCCGCCCGUUUCCAGCGAAUGCGUGACGAGUUUGAUAAAAUUGGAAUGCGCAGAUCGGUGGAAGGUGUUCUGCUGGUUCAUGAACACGGUCUUCCGCAUGUAUUGUUGCUGCAGCUGGGCACGACGUUCUUUAAGCUACCUGGAGGAGAGCUUAGUGCCGGGGAAGACGAAGUGGAAGGUCUGAAACGACUGCUGACGGAGACUCUAGGGCGACAGGACGGGGUGAAGCAGGACUGGAUCGUCGAGGACACGAUUGGCAACUGGUGGCGUCCGAACUUCGAACCUCCGCAGUACCCGUACAUCCCGCCGCACAUCACAAAGCCGAAGGAGCACAAGCGACUGUUUUUGGUGCAACUCCACGAGAAGGCGCUUUUUGCUGUACCGAAGAACUACAAGCUAGUAGCGGCUCCGUUGUUUGAGCUGUAUGACAAUUCUCAAGGCUACGGACCGAUAAUAUCAUCGCUGCCGCAAGCACUCUGCCGGUUUAACUUCAUCUACAUGUAAGUAAACCCGGCGCCCGCGUACCGCUAUUGGAUACUGGGAUAUUUCCACACCGCGUGUCCACUCAAAUCCCGAUCCCGGUAAAGGCGGUAAGCAGGGAACGAUCUUCCUCACUGCCACC